UUACAGAUUGAAAAGAAAUGUCUUAUGUAAUCAUCAGUAAACAGAUUCGCACUGAAAUUGGUCCAACAUUAUGUGGUGACGAAUUUCAAGAUCAAAGUUUAAUGAACGCGAUAGGAGCAACCCUCCAACAAAGUCCUGGUCAGCACUUCAAGCAUUAUGAAUCAGUUGAUCCCCCGCGUGUAGUUUUAGAAAAACUUGGACGAUUAGGCUAUACUGUUGUUGGUUUUACUGGCUGUGGACAAACUGUGUUAUGGACAUUAAAGAAGUAAUAUGUAUCUUUCACUGGAUCUUUUAUAUGGAUGUUUGUUUAUAUAUGUAAUGUAAUUUUUAAGCUCUGGUACAACACUUAUAGACACCCGAUUACUUAGAAUACCAUUUGAUAUAUUGUAUAGGGAGCACGUGCCUAAUACAAGUUUACUUAACAACAGAGAAGAAAGUUCCACCAAAAUUAACAAAUUGUUGUCCUGUUUUUUUUUACCUAUUUUUAUGUUGCAUAGUUUAUUCUGUAUUUGCAAAUUCUCUCUAGCUAUGUAUGUUAUAUUAAACUAUAUAUUUGACCACAAGUCCUGGGCUGUAUAGCUGGUACCCUCCUGGUCAAAAAAUAUCAGGGUAAGACAGCUAUAUAAUCUCAAAGCUACAUAAGCUAUUUUAUGUUUAGCUGGGUUUAAUAAAGCAUUGGAAGAAGACAUCAUAAAUCUGGGCAAGUUUACUGUAGAUCUAUACUUCUUUUUUUGCCAGACAGUAAAUUAUUUACAUAUAUUUCAUGUACAUUGUUUUUGCUUUUAAAUUUUAUUAAGUUUCAAAUUAUGGAGAAACUUAUUUAACUUUAUUUUUGUCUUGUUUGUCCAUUUUUUAUUUAUUUUGUUCAUAUUUUUACUGUGUCUCCAUAUUUUUUUUACCUUUUUGAAGAAUGAAAAGCCUUGAGUUAUCUAAUUUUAUAGGUUUGAGGCAACGUAAUUUUUCGAAAUGGUAUUUUGCUAUGCAUUGUAGUGGUUACGACAAUUUAAAUGCAUGUCCUUCUGUUUAAGAUGAAUUUUCACUCCAACAAAUCUUAUAGCUCAUAUAGACAUUUUAUACCACAUUGCCAUACAAAGGAUAAAUUUGCUUUCCAAAAAUUAUUUCCCUGCUAGCAAUUUGUAAACCAUUUCCACUUUGAACAAAACACAAGAAAACAUCUCAAAUAUAUUCAUAAAUUUGCUUGUUAAUCUUCAUAUAAUUAACAUAAGAAAAAAAAUUAAGCAUGUUUACUUUAGUAAUGUUUCAGUGCUAAAUUGGAAACUAAUGGCAGAAAGUUUUAGUUCCAUGGAAGAUUUGUUGGAGUGAAAAUCCUCUUUUAAGAUGACAAAGUACAAUACCAUCCUUAAGGUUUGCCUGUGCUAAAGCAAAGUUAGGUCUUUAGAUAUAGAAUAACUAUUUUUUUGCUGCCAUGCUUUUUUCCUAUUUCAGUUGGAAGGAAUUUCUUUUAAAUAAAUUAAUUUUAUAAACCAA